CUUUGGGCUCUCGGAAGUCUAGAGCAGACGAUCGAUGUUUGGAGCCUCUAACUGGGGAUUAUCUGUGAUUUGUAUUCAUUGUGCACCCACGUUAUCACAAAAUGGAAUAAUAGUAGAUAAGAAACUAUGUGCAAUGUAGUUAACAAGGAAGUUAUUUAGAAAUACCAGUUUACGUUGGACUUUAAAUCAUCACUAAUUAACUACUUACAAAUACAGAUUUGUGUUUUUCCUUCAUUCUUCAGCAGGAUUAAAAUAACAUUUUUUAAAGAAUUUUGAAGUCUGAUAUUUCAUAACGCUGACAGGGUAAGACAAUGAGGAGAGAAGCAGACGUAUGAAGCACUUCUCCUAUCCCAGGUGACUUUCAACAGGAUGUCCUACGAAAUCUUCACUGACCCAGAUCCUGAGGAGGAUGGUUUACAGUAUGAACAUGGAGAGCUGACUCUGAAGCAGAUAGUCAACCAAUUUCCUUUACCGGCAGUGAUACAGAGUGACCUGGGCUUCCUGAAAGAGAGGCGACUAGAUCUGUCCCAGCCUCUAUAUGCCUACUGCACGAGGUCAAUCAAUAAAGUCAGCGCCAGGAGCGUGCAGUGGGUUAACAAUGACCCCCAUAAGUUCCACCUGGUGGGGGAAGAUUUGCUCAUCCCAGAAGACUAUACGGGAUGGUUCACUGUUGUCAAACAAAAGACCAGAAAGUCAUCCUUGCCCUACAGACGUGUCUCAGAGAUGAUUCAAUCCAACAUGAGUACAUUCCUAGUGGCGGGGAUAACUCCAAUCAAGGCUUAUUUCAUGACCUGCAGAAACAAAACCUACAAACAUACGCCUCAUCAGCUGUUAACUGGGGACAUCAUUCGCAAAGGCAACAACCAGAUUUUAAAAGAGGGCUCCCAGGCGUUGGAAGCCCUUUACCAGCAGCACAUCGAGUGCAUGGGCGUGACCUUUGCACUCUUCCAUGACGAGAAGGACAGGAGCGUCUUGUUGCGCACCCAGCAGAACGGCGUGUUUUAUCCCAUCUAUCAGGAAGGUGUAGCAAUGACAGAGGAGAGAACUCUAGCAAUGCAAUUCGCUGAUUUAAUUAUGCUCUAUCCACCUCCUGUGAUGGUCAAGCUACUCCACGGUUGGGUGCCAGCCACACAGUGUGGCUUCACGGGAACGCUGUACCUGAUCAACAAAGAUGUGGAGACCACUGUGGUCGCUUCCACAUUCAUCAGAGAAAACGUGGUCAGUUUGGAGAUUCCUUUAGAAUCAGACAUCAAGUUUAAAGUGGCUAAAACAAGUACAGAACUUAAGAGCAGCCGACACUGGGGUAAAGCUUUCAGACACUGCCUGGCCAACGCGCCAAGUUACACAAAGGCAAUAAAGGUCAUUGGCCCUGAGAGCUCUGUGGAUAUUGAUGAAGGUAGCCUGGAUGUUGAAGACUGUAAUCUACCAGAAGAGCAAGCCAGCUACGGACAGAAGAUAUCUUCCUAUACAAUGAUCAAAGAAGGGUCAAAAAUUGAGCCCGUCCAGCUUCGCAAGCCUCAGUCUGAUCCCGUAAGCCGUCCAUCUCGACUGUCCACGGUGAGCUGUCUGUCCAGACGUGUGGGGGUCUACGCCAUGGACCAAAGCUUCAGCCACAGGAACCUUACCAUUCGGAGAAUGGCGCGCAAAAAUGCUUUUAAAUUAGGAAAGAUGAAACAGCAGCUUCCAGUAACACAACCAUUUCCUAAGACGUCCAAGUAUAUAUUGAAUCCUAUCCCUUGCAAAACUCCUGCGGAAACUAACUGCUCCACAAUGGAUGAAAAUACUAAUCCCAAAACUUUUUAUAAUGCGAUAAACGUAAUUUCAAUUGAUGACCAUAGCUCUGACAGCAAUACGGUUGCAGUGUCAGCAACCAUCGGAAGACCAGUUUAUCCUAACGAAAGCGGCAACCAAUACCCAUCGGAUAACCGAAAUCCAGUUAAUUUCCCUGAACCAGGAAGUCACUCUGAAACAUCAUCGACCAGUUACGAAGAAAUAGAUUCCGUCAAGGUAAACCCCCAACAGAAAAGAAGGAGCGCAGUCUUCCACUUGCUACAAGGCAAAGAAGGCAUCAUCACCAUCAGCCCUCGCACAUACAUGGACGAGAUCCAGGACGAGGGUUACGGCGAGAGUGACACGGACGACAGCAACACGAACCUCUUCCUCUUUCACGGCUCCAUCCAGAGUCAGGAGGACAACGAGUACAUCACUCCUUCCGACAGCCUUUCCGUAAGCGAUGACUACGACAUCCUAGUACCUAAUCCACCACCCAGACCGCCAUUCGGAAAGGGCUGCUACAACCGCGGGAUGCUGAUAGAAGAGCUCAAAAAGUCCAUCCCUAUUAACACAACGGUAGAGCUAGCUCUGAAUAGCCUGACAAUGGCUGAGUUUACAACGCUCCUCUGGCAUCCGAUGGAAGAGAUGGACAAACUUUUAAUGGCUCUUAUUCCAAAAGUUGGAGAACUGAAUUUACAACACAUUGUGCUUUAUUUUCAAUCAAUUCGCACAAAAGUUCGGAUCUUGACAGAACUAUAGAUCAUUAUCAUCAUUAAGUUUUCUAUCAGAUUUAUUAUACGUUUGGUAUUGAAAUGUACACAUCCCUCAGUUACUCAAACGUUUUCUAGAACUUUGCAUUUACAUUUGUCUUAGACCACAGUUUUACCAGGGAGAAAGGGGGUGAGCGGGUUGUAAAGCGCUUGGCUUCCGAACAAGAGAAGUCUGAGUUCUGAAUCACGAUGAACUGGGAUCUGAAUGUUUAUGUAAGAAAAUGUGUUUGGUAGUUGUGCUGUUCACUUGACGCUCUUGUUUACCGUCGGACAUAGAAACAGAUGAUCUUUCAUUAUCUGCUCCCUGAAUAAAUGGCUGCCUGGUUUGCGCGCUGGACUGUCGUUCAGACUUAUCGAUGGUCCCGGGUUCAAACCCUGCCCACUCCCAUCCCCCGUCGUCCUGCAAGUAAUCAUCUUCAACUCUGAAGGAACAUCCGAAACAUGUAAAACAAUUUACGAUACUUGUAGUUGCUGUCUGAUACAAAUUCUUUAACUUUAUAUAUAAAGUUUGACCAUGUUGUAACAUCAAUGAUGUUUUACAGUAAGUUACAACCACAAUACAUUCUGCGUAGUAUUUGAUUUUAAGUGUAUUUUGUAAACAUCGCGUUCAAAAUGUUGAGUUUCUCUAAAACUGAUCUUUCCGCUCUACUGAUAACAUAGUCAACAAGUGCUACGAUUUCAGAAUGCUUGUUUCAGAAUCACCAUAAAAUAGGACGAUACUUUUUUAUUUUAAAUUAAGUUUUUGUUUAUUGAAACAUACAGAAAUCAAAAACCAAAAUGAAUUUCUAGCACUAUUACAACGUCACACAUUUUCAGGGUACAGCUCGUCGUCAUGGCGGCUUUGGGAAAGAUAAACAAAAAAGACAGUUUUAUGGAAAUGUUUGUAUCUAUUGUUUUGUAUUGUUAUUGCUUUGUUCUAAUUAUAUAUUUUUUUUAUUACUCAUUUGGGUAACAGUGUAUUCUAUAAAUAUUAUGUUUAAUUCAAUUUUUAUAUACACACCUGUGUUAUACACACAUUAAAAAAAAGUAUUUAUGUUUGUUUAAUUCAUUCCUUUUUUACUCUAUUUUGUAAUUAUUUCCUCUCCUGAUAUCUACUGACAGCUCAAUGAUAUUGGAAUUAUUUCUAGUGUUUAGCAAAGACUAACAUGUUAACGGGUUCUCGUCCAGGCCUUACAACACGGCCAAGCAGUCAACAUUAUCCAGAAAUUGUGUAUAGCUCAUGAUCAUUUCCAAUGUUUAUUAGGGCCGCAUUUCAUGAAAUAUAACUUCGUUGUAGCCAAUCUAGGAGCAUACGUAAGUAAAACAGAACGAGACCAGUUUUGAAUGGCCAUCACAAAGAAAGAAGACCUCAGACUUAAGAAGAUCUCAGACUUUAUUAGACCUCAGACUUAAGAAGACCUCAGACUUAAGAAGACAUCAGACUUAAGAAGACCUCAGACUUAAGAAGACCUCAGACUUAAGAAGACCUCAGACUUACGAAGACCUCAGACUUCUGACCACAUGUAAAUACGAUAUUGUAAGUUCUUAAUCAUUUAUUUCAUUUGUUUGUCCAUUUGUUUGUCCAUUGUUUCCUGUUGCAGAGACGUGAAAGUCCUCAAUCAUCUCACAGACGUUCACCUCCCACACGAAGGAAGACCAUGUACUUGCAAUGAUUUUAUCUUAUCUUAUAGAUUACAGACAUUACUUCCAAGAGAAGAGCAUUACGUCCUACGCUUGUCACGUGUCAACCUAGUCAUGAAUGUUAAUCAGUGACUUAAAACUCUGUUAAGUCAUUGUUUCUCCUGGCUAAUUCAGGAAACCCAUUCCAUUCUUUAAUGGCAAUAGAAAAGAAGGAGCACUUGUACUAAUUUGUCCCAGCAUAUAGAAUAAGAAAUGUUCCUCCUGAGAUUCUAUCAGUUUCUGUUAUUCUAUUUGCAAAGUAAGGCUAAGUGUUUAUGUUUUAUUGCUGCUUUAAUUUUUUUACUGACUGCUAUACGAUUGGCAUUGGUUCAAUGUCAAUGUCUUAAGUUAUUAUGGAAGCCUAAAGCUCAGCGACAUACACUAGAGUUAUACAUCACGUCAUUGUUUGAAAGUUCAUGUAUUGUAUGCCAGUCAAAUACUCUGCUUGAAGUCAGUCCCAGCUAAUGCCUAGGGAAAUUGGGUGAAGGUAUGUCAUCCUGUUGAUGUCUGGCAGAGUGAUUUAGGCCAGUGUUCAGAUCACUUCAGGGGCCAUGAAGUUUAACCCAUUCUAAGUUACAGUAUUGCAAUCAUGAACUCAAUCAGUCUGUUAUGGAGAUUGCGAGUUCAGUGUGAAGUUUCCAGUUAAUUUGCCUAUUACGAUUGCUUUUGUAAACUUUGUUGACCGUAAAAAUUGAAAUGUUUCAAACUCUUACAUUAUAUUGCUUCGCAAUCUUUGUAUAUUUAUCAUUAUCUUAUUAUACUUAUGGAAACAAUACUGUUUAUGUAUCAAGAAAAAAAGCGAAAUUAUAAAACGAUGUAAACUUUAUUCUAGUUGUAUGUGUUGUGUAAAAUACUAUUUAAUAACUGUUACUCUUAUAGUGUCAAUAAUGUGUUUCACUAAAUACUAAAGACUAAUGAGAUAAGGAUAGAAAUAAAAAUAAAACUAGAUCUAAUAAAAUU